AUGUCGGUUGUUUCUAUUCCCGAUGAGAAUAUUGAUUAUGAUUCGAGUUUCGAGGUAGUUGAUGAAAAUACUAUCGAAAAAAUAGAAAGUCUCGAUGAAACGAAAUCCGAGAGUUUCCAAUUCAUGUCGGCAACAGGAGAUGCUACAAAAGAGGCGAAUAUUGAUUCGAAUGAGGACUCCACUCCAAUAACUACUGCUAUCAUUGGAAAAUGGAAACCAAUCUCUUCUGAAAAUCUGGAAGAUUAUUUCAAAGUCAGUAAUCUCUCUGAAAUCUGCGAGUUGGCUUGGGAACAUGGAAUAGUGUGUUAUGAAAUGAAAGAUGGUGAUCUCCAUGCUCACACACAACUCUACAAUAAGAAUCUGAAUGCUACCGUCCUCGAAGUGGGUCAGAAAAUUCAAAAUAAAAACGGAACGAUGGAUUGCCACGUCGAGAACAACUCUCUGAACUCAAUCUACUUUUCUGAAGAAAAAGAAUUAUGGAAGGUCGAGAGAUUCAUUAAAAGUGGACAACUGGUCAUCAUCAACAAGCGUGAACAACUACAAUGGUGCAAGAGAACCUACGAACGAGUCGAAUGA